CUUUCUGGUAAUUUCCAUCUCUUUCUGUGUUCUGAUUGUCUGUUGUUUGAUAUUGUGCCGUUGUGUCCAUCUUUAUGCUUUUUCCAGGAGCAAUAUGUCUUCAUCCACGACGCCAUCUUGGAGGCGUGUCUUUGUGGUGACACCACCAUUCCAGCCAAUCAGCUGCGCUCGGUCUACUAUGAAAUGAACCGAUUGGACCCCCAGACCAACUCCUCCCAGAUCAAAGAGGAGUUCCGGACUCUGAACAUGGUGACUCCCACGUUGCGGGUGGAGGACUGUAGUAUCGCCCUGCUCCCCAGGAACCACGAGAAGAACCGCUGUAUGGAUGUUCUUCCUCCUGACCGCUGUCUGCCCUUCCUCAUCACCAUCGACGGAGAGAGCUCCAACUACAUCAACGCUGCUCUUAUGGACAGUUAUAAGCAGCCGUCAGCGUUCAUCGUGACCCAACAUCCUCUGCCCAACACAGUGAAGGAUUUCUGGAGGCUGGUGUUGGACUACCACUGUACCUCCAUAGUGAUGCUCAAUGAUGUCGACCCUGCACAGCUUUGUCCUCAGUACUGGCCAGAGAACGGCGUGCAUCGCCAUGGGCCAAUCCAAGUGGAGUUUGUCUCAGCUGAUCUGGAGGAGGACAUAAUCAGUAGAAUAUUCCGGAUAUACAACGCAGCACGGCCUCAGGACGGGUACCGUAUGGUGCAACAGUUCCAGUUCCUGGGUUGGCCAAUGUACCGAGACACUCCCAUGUCCAAACGCUCCUUCCUCAAGCUCAUCAGACAGGUGGACAAAUGGCAGGAGGAGUAUGAUGGAGGAGAGGGACGCACUGUGGUGCACUGUCUUAACGGAGGAGGCCGCAGUGGGACGUUCUGUGCCAUCAGUAUCGUGUGUGAGAUGUUGCAACAUCAACGUUCUGUAGACGUUUUCCACGCCGUCAAAACACUGAGGAACAACAAACCCAACAUGGUCGACCUACUGGAUCAGUACAAGUUCUGCUAUGAAGUAGCUCUGGAGUAUUAGAACUGUGGAUAAACAACAGUCUCAGCCUGGACGCAGAACUGUGGAUAAACAACAGUCUCAGCCUGGACGCAGAACUGUGAACGACACGGGGGGG